GUGGUGACAGCUGCAGGGGGCGGGGCUUGCAAAGCGGAAGUGCCCGGGCACCGCGUGGCUAGUCUGUCAGAUGUAAACAAAAGCGCGGUUCUGUGGAUUCGACCUGAAAUAACACAGCACAGGGCCGAGGAGCGAGAAGUAGCCACAGCUUGUUGUGAUGUGCAGUCACAACAGGUUUCUCAGCCGCUGCCACUCUCCGAUAUUCAGCCAAACGUGAACUAUGCUAACCUGCGGAUGUUUCUGCCGGGGACGCCCCAUCCACUGCGCGGGUUUUAUACGAGCCCUCACAUCCUACUUUGUAAAAACAAGUUUUGUUUUUGAUCUAGAUGCCUGGUUAAUGGUGGAUGCUUGUUUUCUGCACCAACGCUUUGGGUCGAUUUUGACGACGGUAACAUAUUUGACCUUUGGUCAAUCACGUGAUCUCCAUGUUUAAAACGCACACACAAAAAUGAUUUGCUCUCUGCUCCCUGAUUGCUUCACUGAAACGACAAGAUGAAGUUUUUGGAUCUUUUUGGACGAUUAAAGUCUGUGGUUAUUGGAAUGAUCCAUGUCAAAGCAUUACCAGGCACCCCCCUGGGGUGUAUGAAAAUGUCACAGAUCGUUGAGGAGGCGUGCAGGGAGGCAUCAAUCUACCGUGAUGCAGGGAUUGAUGGUCUGAUCAUCGAGAACAUGCACGACAUCCCUUACUCAUUCUCUGUGGGCCCUGAGGUGUGUGCCUGUAUGACAGCCGUGUGCAGUGCUGUGAGAAGCGUCUGUCCGAUCCUGCCGCUCGGAGUCCAAAUACUGUCUUCUGCUAACCAGCAGGCACUGGCCAUAGCUCUGGCUUCAGGUAUGGAUUUCAUCAGGGCGGAGGGUUUUGUCUUUUCUCACGUGGCUGAUGAGGGCCUCUUGAAUGCUUGUGCCGGAGAGUUACUGAGGUAUCGCAAACAGGUCGGAGCUGAGCAUGUGCAGAUCUUCACUGACAUCAAAAAGAAGCACAGCUCCCAUGCCCUGACGUCAGACGUGAGCAUUGAGGAAACGGCCCGUGCUGCAGAGUUCUUCCUCUCUGAUGGACUCGUCAUCACAGGAGCGGCCACUGGUACAGAGGCUGACCCUUGUGAGCUCAAAGAGGUUUCCCAGUCUGUGAGAAUCCCAGUGCUGAUUGGUUCUGGAGUGACCUAUGACAACAUGGAGUGCUAUCUUGAUGCAAAUGGAAUGAUCAUCGGUUCUCAUUUCAAGGAGGGUGGCCACUGGGCCAAUGCAGUCCACCCAGAGCAGGUGAAAAGGUUCAUGGGAAAGAUUCGCCACCUUCGAAAAUGACAGGUCCUAUUAAUAAUGCUCAAUUGUACCGUCAAGUCUUAAAAAGGUUUCACUUGACCUACAAACAGACCUCAGAGAUACUAAAGGUCUUAAAUGUAAUAAUCAAAGUAGCGUAAAUCUUGACUGCUGUAGAAAGUAACAUUAGUUAUGAAGCUCAGUGAUUCAUAAAGCACAAGGGUCAAUCUUCUGCAUCCAGGUCACAUCAAUUAAUUCAUUAUAUCAUUAGGAUAUGUUGUUUAAUGCAGCUGGAAUAUACUGACAAGAAUGCCAUAUAAAUGUCAAAUGUUUUAAAUGUUAUUCUUUGUAUUUUUAAAAAGGACUUGAACAAUCA